AUGCACUUCUCCACCGUCACCCUCGUCUCCUCGAUCCUUUUGGCGAGCCAAGCUGUGGCACUCGUGCCGAGGAGUCCAUUCGUUCAGCUUUUCCCGAGGCAAACGACAGAUGCUUGUACAGCCUCAUGCAGUAUCUUUGAUGACGCCCUCAAUGCUUGCACCACCACCACAUGCUUGUGUACCGCCACAGUAGCAAACGGCCUCUCAACUUGCGUCAACUGCUACUACUCAAACACGCCAACGGCAGCCGUGCUCACCUCUGCGAACAAGUUGAUCAGCACCUUUGAGGACACUUGCUCUGCUUUCACUCUUCCUGCAAUCUCCGUCAAGACCUCAUCCGGGGGUGCCACCACGGCAGUCACCACUGUUGUUUCAACAGCCCCGAGAGUCACGUCGACCACGAACACCCCCAUCACGGUGACAUCGGUUGCAGCAGGCACCACCGUUUCACCUCCCAAGGUGACUGUGACGGCAGUUACAGCGGAUGGUGCAUCAACCACCGCCGGCGCCAGCUCAAGUUCAAGCGGCAAUGUCAUUCCUGGCCUUACCAGUGGCGCCAUUUCGGCACAAUGUCAAUCUCUCGUCGUGCCAGCCGCUGUUGUCCUUGGUGGUUUCCUGGCGAUGAUGUAA